AUGCUUUACCUCGCCGACAAUUUUGGUGUACUGGUGGUACUCUUCUGUGUCUCGCAAGUGAUAGCGUCUGGCGACUUUGACCUCGCGCAGGUCGCGUUCUUUUUUCCAUUGCAGAAAAUCUGCCUUCCGAAGAAGCCGGUACUCGUGAUGUUUCAACUUGCGCAUUUGUCCUCCCUAACGAGCGAAAGCGUUAAACGAAAGGCUGCUUCUCACACUUCCCCGUCGACGUCGCUUGCUCAAUGGAGUGACUCAAUCGCUACUCCCAGCCUUGGCAUCCCAAAAGUUUUUCACAGCUGUGGAGCAGGGACGGCGGUGGGUGAAAAGGAUGUUGAUCUGUGCGGGAGGGCUCUUACACGUGUGGCUUUUUGUUCCGACCACGCUAUGUACAGUAAACCCUGGGCAGAAACAAAUAAUUUAGUAAAAAUGUUUUAG